AACCAGAAAGCCAAGAGAGAAUGUAAACGCAUACACUCACGGGCCACUGCGCGAAGGUGAUGGCGGCGAAGUUUCUCGGCGAGCCGUCGAAAGUAGUUACGGGAAGUUAUGAUCGGACCUUAAAAAUCUGGGAUCUGCGCAGCAAAGCAUGUAUAGAAACGAAAUUCGCUGGUUCAAGUUGCAACGAUCUCGUAACUUCCGACGGAGCUGGCUCUACGAUAAUUAGUGGUCAUUUUGAUCAAAGGAUCAGGUUUUGGGAUACCAGAGCCGAAUCCAGCUCAAAUGACAUUCUAUUGGAAGGGAAAGUGACAUCUUUAGAUUUAUCCCGUGACGCAAAUUACCUUUUGAGUUGCGUGAGGGAUGACACGGUGAAACUGAUUGAUUUACGAAUGAAGAAGAUUGUCGGAUCGUUCAGCGCUGACGGUUUCAAAGUGGGAUUCGAUUGGACGAGAGCCGCUUUCAGUCCUGACGGGCAGUACAUAGCGGUCGGUUCCGCGGACGGUUCCGUUUUCAUCUGGUCUAUAGCGACGAAUAUGAUCGAAACUAUACUGAAAGAGCACACGGCAGCGGUAACGGCCGUGUCUUGGCAUCCGCACGGCACGUAUCUGGCGUCCGUCGAUCGCGCCAAGACGGUGAUAAUUUGGGGCGACCACGUUUGACAGGAGGAGUGAUCCCGGGACAGACGACUGCUGUUUCACGCGUGAGGCGCUCUCUCGUGCCGUUUUCACGUUUCAGCCGUGUCUUUCUCGCGGCCCUCGUGGAAAUGAAAACGGACAUGCGCUGCUCGCGAUUCCCGUCAGCAAUCCCGCGAGAAAUCACCCGGUGGGCGCACCCGGCGGGAUAAUAAUCAAAAUCAUCGGUCGGUUUGGCCGCGCGGGUUGUAAAGCCUUGUAAGGACGCUGUUCCGAAGUUGUAAAGCGCAGACAUUUCGCACUGAACAAAUCCGCGGCGGUGGGUUAGGGACUAUUGUACAUAAAAUUGCACUUAUUGUUACUCCCAGGUUGUAAAGAUUCCCUAUUUAGAACAGUAACCCUGCGCGCUACGGCCGUGCCGCACCGUCUAUCCCCCCAAAGAAGUUUUAAGAAAUUAUCGUAGUAACUGGUGUUUCUCCGAUACUCACUUAUAGAUAUCUUUAAGCUUUUUUUUCACUAACUAUAAAGGACACGGAUUGCGUGUCAAUUGUCUGUACGGGAAGAUUUCGUCACUUUCGCAAUUGAAAGUCUAUACGUGACAUCCAUGGUGCUAUGGCAAAGUGUUUGCACGGGUUGACGCUUGCACGGAUUUAAUCCGCAAGGUAUACCAAAUUUAUUGUUUCCCUUUUUUUGCCCCAGAAAAAGUCAAUUAUUAUAUAUUGUAUAUUAUAUAUUUUUUAGAAGAACCGAAUGUUGUUAACAUUUGAAUCGCGAUAAAUGAUAUUUUUCGGCAUAUAGGGUGAGAUAAAGAGAUAGUGCUAAAUACAAAUGAAAACACGCUAGAUUUGGAUGAGAUUAUUUCCCCAGAAUUAACUGUGCAUUGUUAUUAGAAAUGAAUAUUUGCACAGAGAAGUAAUUAGUUUAUUUUCGUCGUAGCAUUCUGUUUGAAUAUUGAGAAUUAUUUUAGAUAUCAGAUAAAUCUAAAGAUUCGAUUUAUAAUGCAAGAUUAAUUCUGAUGGAGCAAUCUCAGUUUAAUUUGUGGCACUAUAAUUUGAUUUGUCGCUAGGCUCGCAGCAUUACGGAAACGACAUACGUCUCAAUACAAGUCUGAUAGAAUGGAAAUCAGAAUAUAGGGAUUAAGCAAACAAGCACAAUAACGAUAUUGAUAUUGAUAUUAAUUAAUUAAGCAUGAUUUGUAUAAUUAAUGUUAAGAGAUUAUAUGCUAAUCGAAGUUGAUCGCUAUUUUCAUUAAUGAAUGAGACCGAUUGGCUAAUUAAAAUUGUGUACUUGCAAUUUUUUUUUUUGUAAAGUAAAUCACAUUGGAUACUAACAAUAAGCCUUAGAGAAAAUAAGUAUUUGAUCGAAGAGAUUUCAUAGAGAGUGUAAUCUAGAUUUCUACAACGUCACACUUUUGCUUAUUAUAAUUACAAUAGUUACCUAACUGUUUUUAGUGAUUUUGAUAAUUAUAAUUUGUCAUAUUAUACUAAUCUUUGUUGUAUACAUUAUAUACUCAGAAAUAACGGAUUUAUUAAUGCUCGUAUUCAGUUUUAUAUUAAUUAAAUAAUUAUCACACAGAUUUUUAUCACCUGCAAAUGCUUUUUUAUAACUUAAUUUUUUUACGGAGCUCUUCGAUCACUGUUUGAUAUUUAUUAUAAAUGUAUUUGCGUAAGUGAUAUCUGAAAAGCAGCGGCUUGAAUUUAAAUUUUAUGUAUACUGUUCUGUGUAUCACACACAUUAUAAGUAGUUAAAUAAUUAAAUAAUUCUUUGCGCUUUUAUGUACCAUGUAUAAUUAAAUCAUAUAACAAAUUAUCACAAUACUUUUUUAUUUGCAAUUUGUAAAACCGAUUGGCUUCCAAUUGUCGUACGAAGAAUUGGUCAUUGAUUUGCAUUAUAUUAACCAAAAGUUUCAUUUCUUAAUAUCGAACGUUUUUGUCUUUCGGCAACAUUUUUAAAGUAAAAAUAGAAAUUACUUCAGGUAAUCUUGUUCCAAAGGACCAUUAUUUCUUGUCAAAAUUUUUGUUUAACAAGAAAAAUCACAAAACUGUUACCUCUACAAUUCCAUAUAGCUAUUAUAUUUUGAUUUGUAUGAACAAAGUUAGGUAAAAUUUCAAGUAAUGAAGUGUUUACACAUUUGAGAAGUUUCGCUAUUGAAUUUCAAGUUAUCUCAAGUUAAAUCAAUUAUAUUCGAAUAUAAUUUAUUUAACCUUAAGAUUAUACAUUAUAUUUUUGUAAAUGUGAAUUAUACACUGGGUCUUUGGAAACUAGCCGAACAUUUUUAUACAUAAUUCUAAUAAAGAAUAUAUAUAUUAUUAUAAUAUUAAAAUUCAAGUAUCUAUGUUAUUUAUAGUUUACUAAACUAAAAAAUACAAUUGUUGGAACAAAAAAAAGCUUUCAAGAAUGCUAGCAACUUUUACAUGAAAUUUUCGUUGGAUCGUACAGACAUGAGUGUAAUGAGUGGAUAACAUUUUUUCAUAUUUUACAAUCAUUUCAUUGCAUUUCAUCUGAUAAAUGCAAACCAAUGAUCAUGCCUCUUCGUCAUUGCAAUAAUAACUAUCAGCUCGCGUUUCGAGCGAACAACCAAUUGCGUCCAAAGUAUUGUAUAUGAUUUUAAUACUGUGCACUUACACCUCAUUUUCGACUAUUAAAUCUACACACUGUACUCUGUAUUUCUUCUGUAUACAGUAACAACAAUUAGCCGAAAUAUGCUAUAUACAUUGUUCAUGCACAUAUGUAAAUAUAUAUUAAACGUUCCCCUCUUGUA